AUGGCCUUUUUCUCCCAACUAGAUGUGCAGGAAGGCCUCCGAACACUCUCUGUCCUGCAGUGGAUCCCAGUCUAUGUAAUUUUAGGAGCUAUUCCCGUCUUAGGUAUACCCUAUUGCCUGCUCUUCAGUAGCCUAUGGCCCUUAGCCAUGCUCUCCUUAAUCUGGCUUGUCUGUGACUGGAACACACACAGCCAAGACGGUAGGCGUUCAGCUUGGGUGCGAAACUGGACUCUCUGGAAGUAUUUCCAAAGCUACUUCCCAGUGAAGCUGGUGAAGACCCAUGACCUUUCUCCCAAGCAGAACUACAUCAUCGUCAGCCACCCCCAUGGUGUUCUCUCUUUUGGUGCCUUCAUCAACUUUGCUACUGAGGCCACUGGCUUUUCCAAGAUUUUCCCAUUGAUCACUCCCUUUUUAGCAACUUUGGAAGGAAUCUUCUGGAUCCCAAUUGUGCGAGAGUAUGUAAUGUCCAUGGGUAUAUGUCCAGUGAGUGAGUUGGCCCUGAAGCACAAGUUGACCCAGAAAGGCUCUGGCAAUGCUGUGAUCGUUGUGGUGGGUGGAGCUUCUGAAGCCCUCUUGUGCCGCCCUGGAGUCUCCACAAUCUACCUCAAAAAUCAUAAAGGUUUUGUGAAGCUAGCACUGAAGACAGGGGCGUACCUUGUCCCAUCUUACACCUUUGGUGAGAAUGAGGUUUUCAACCAAGAGACCUUCCGUGAAGGCACAUGGCUAAGGUUCUUCCAAAAAAACUUCCAGAAAAUUGGCAAAACAAUCCUAGGCCUAAACUUUUGUACUUUCCAUGGCAGGGGCCUCACUCGGGGGUCCUGGGGCUUCUUGCCUUUCAAUCACCCAAUUACCACCGUUGUUGGAGAACCCCUGCCAAUCCCCAAGAUCAAUGAUCCUGACAAGGAGACGGUGACAAAGUACUUUGAGCUUUACAUCAGUGCCCUACGCAAGCUGUUUGACCAGCACAAAGUGGAAUAUGGCUUCUCUGAGACCCAGGAGUUGACAAUUAUAUAA